GCAGCUGAGAGAUCGGAGUAUCGCAGGAUCGCUCCUCCUGACACAGCACCUAUUCCCCUGUUUCUGGUUCAGAGGUUCAAGAUCUGAAGAUGGAUUUCUCAAAACUACCAAAGAUCCAAGAUGAAGAACGGGAAAGCAUGUUCGGCUACGUCCAUGGAGUUUCUGGACCUGUGGUGACCGCAUCCAAUAUGGCAGGAGCCGCCAUGUACGAGCUGGUGCGUGUAGGGCACUCGGAACUGGUCGGGGAAAUUAUUCGUCUAGAGGGUGACAUGGCCACCAUCCAAGUCUACGAGGAGACCUCUGGUGUAUCGGUUGGAGACCCUGUUCUACGGACUGGGAAGCCCCUCUCUGUGGAGCUAGGUCCAGGCAUCAUGGGGUCUAUCUUUGAUGGUAUCCAGAGACCUCUGAGGGACAUCAGUGACAGCACGCAGAGCAUCUACAUCCCCCGAGGUGUCAACGUGUCGGCCCUCAGCAAAGACAUCAAGUGGGAAUUCACCCCUUCAAAGAGCCUACGGGUCGGCAGUCAUAUCACCGGAGGAGAUAUCUACGGGAUAGUGUUCGAGAACUCUCUGAUCAAACACAAGAUGAUGCUCCCUCCGCGCAACAGGGGCACAGUCACCUACGUGGCACCUCCCGGGCACUACGACACCUCUGAUGUGGUGCUGGAAUUGGAGUUUGAGGGUGUUAAGGACAAGUUCACGAUGGUCCAGGUGUGGCCGGUGAGAACGGUUCGGCCAGUGACAGAGAAGCUGCAAGCCAACCACCCGCUUCUGACUGGUCAGAGAGUGCUGGAUGCUCUGUUCCCAUGUGUCCAAGGUGGGACCACCGCCAUUCCCGGGGCUUUUGGCUGCGGCAAAACGGUGAUUUCGCAGUCCUUGUCCAAGUACUCCAACAGUGACGUCAUCAUCUACGUAGGGUGCGGAGAGAGAGGAAACGAGAUGUCUGAAGUACUGAGAGAUUUCCCUGAGCUGACUAUGGAAGUGGACGGGAAGGUGGAGAGCAUCAUGAAACGAACAUCGCUAGUAGCCAACACCUCCAACAUGCCUGUGGCCGCCAGAGAGGCCUCCAUCUACACAGGAAUCACGCUAUCCGAAUACUUCCGAGACAUGGGCUACCAUGUCAGUAUGAUGGCCGACUCCACCUCUCGAUGGGCCGAGGCUCUUAGAGAAAUCUCAGGACGUCUGGCUGAAAUGCCUGCUGAUAGCGGUUAUCCUGCUUACCUGGGAGCCCGACUGGCCUCCUUCUAUGAGCGUGCCGGCCGAGUGAAGUGUCUGGGGAACCCAGAGAGGGAGGGCAGCGUCAGCAUUGUUGGAGCUGUGUCGCCCCCUGGUGGAGAUUUCUCCGAUCCUGUGACAUCGGCUACAUUGGGUAUUGUUCAGGUGUUCUGGGGGCUGGAUAAGAAGCUGGCCCAGAGGAAGCACUUCCCCUCAGUGAACUGGCUGAUCAGCUACAGUAAGUACACGAGGGCUCUGGAUGAAUACUACGACAAGCACUUCCCCGAGUUUGUCCCUCUCAGGACCAAAUCCAAGGAGAUCCUGCAGGAAGAGGAGGACCUGGCUGAGAUUGUGCAACUGGUAGGAAAGGCUUCCCUGGCAGAGACGGACAAAAUCACUCUGGAAGUGGCCAAGCUGAUUAAGGAUGAUUUCCUGCAACAGAACGGAUAUACUCCAUAUGACAGGUUCUGCCCCUUCUACAAGACGGUGGGCAUGCUGUCCAACAUGAUCACAUUCUACGAUCUGGCCCGCCGCGCUGUAGAGACCACUGCACAGAGCGAAAACAGGAUCACAUGGUCCAUAAUCAAGGAGCACAUGGGGGAGAUCCUCUACAGACUUUCCACCAUGAAAUUCAAGGACCCGCUGAAAGACGGAGAACCCAAGAUCCGGGCAGAUUUUGCCCAAUUACUGGAAGACAUGCAAAACGCCUUCCGCAGCCUGGAAGAUUAGGAGCGAUCACCUGCGCCACCACUUCUGACCACCAUCUCAUCAUCUCUGACCUCCACGUACUGCAUCAAGACCUCCAAGAUCUCCUGUCUAUCCACUACAGAGCUUCAUUGACC